CAAAAGCAGACAUAAAGCUGGCCUCGAAACAAAAGUGGCAGAAAAGAGCGUCCUCAUCGUAGGGGCAGGCCGGGUGGCAGCCCCCCUGGUCGAAUACCUCUACAGAGACAAAUCAAUCGGCAUAACGGUGGCUUGCGAGAAAACGGAACUAAGCGAGAACCUAUCAAACAGUUACCCAGGCGUAGAAAACGUCUACCUCAACGCUUUAGAAGCCACUUCCUCCCUACAAGACUUGGUAAGGAAAGCGGAUGUCGUGGUUUCCAUUCUCCCCGCGAACCUCCACCCAAUCGUCGCCAAAGCUUGCAUUACCGAAGGAACCCACAUGGUGACAGCGAGCUACAUGAGCAACGAAGUCAAAGAUCUACACCAAGCCGCUGCCGAUGCUGGGGUGACUAUUUUGAGUGAAGUUGGUCUAGAUCCUGGUAUCGAUCAUCUACUGGCGUUGGAAUGCAUUCAAGAGGUAAAAGCAGGACGAGGGAGGGUUACCUCUUUCGAAUCCUUUUGCGGGGGGCUACCCGCUCCCGAGUUCAGUGACAAUCCUCUUCGGUACAAGUUCUCUUGGUCACCUAGAGGAGCGCUCUUGAAUACUUUGUCGUCCGCAAGGUAUCUCAGAAAAGGUCAAAUCGUCGAAAUCAAAGAAGGGGGCGAGCUAAUGAGGGCGGCCAAAGCCUUAGACUUCCUACCAGGAUUCAACUUGGAAGGCUUUCCGAACAGGGACAGUACCAAGUACGCGAAAUAUUACGGUAUAGAAGACGCAAAUACCAUCCUGAGAGGUACCUUAAGGUACUGCGGUUUUGCCCAAGCGGCGAAACAGUUGCAAUUCUUGGGGCUCCUGGAUACCGAGCCCCAUCCUAGCCUGCAUGCUCAGGGACCUGACAUCACUUGGAGGAAGCUCAUCUGCGACCUUUUGGGAGUGGAAGACUCGAACAUAUUUUACGAUAAUCUGAAGAACAAGAUAAACGAGAGGACUGGAUCAGAUUAUGCCGUGGACUUGUUGGAGGAACUUGGACUUUUGGAGGAGAAGAGCGUGGUGAAGUGCGGAUCGCCUUUGGACACAAUUACUCAAUAUCUGUCGACAAAAUUAGCAUUAGAAAAGAACGAAAGAGACAUAGUAAUUCUCCGGCACGACAUUGGUAUACUUUGGCCUGACAACAAGAAAGAAACGAGGGGGAUAAAUCUAGUGGUUUAUGGAGAUGUCAAUGGUCACUCAGCUAUGGCAAAAACUGUGGGAUAUCCUGCUGCUAUCGCUACAAAAAUGAUCCUAGAUGGUGAAAUUCAAGAACGUGGUUGCAUCUUACCUUUCGCCACUGAAAUAUACUUGCCUAUUUUACAGAGAUUAAGAGCUGAAGGCCUACAGAAUACUGAAACAUCUAAAAUCGUAUAAAACUUAUUAGGCAAGUUGUUCAAAAAUAUUGUCCAGUCUAUUUUAAAUGUAUCUAUUAUUUCUUAUUAUCUAUGUAUAAAUAUUAUUUAUAAAUAUUAAAAACAAUAA